UUUCUCAUUAUUUAUUGGUUGAUUUUCAAAGGUGUCAUGGCUACCUGUUCCUGUUAGAACUGCUUUUAAUGCUAGGAGAGAUGACAGAGAAUGAAGCUCGUGAAGCCUGUAGGAAUGUUGUUCUUCUUGUUUCGUCGCUUGUCAUGAUUGGUCAUGUCACAUUGAGACCUCUUGUCAGUAUUGGUGGCCCGUCCCAGGAUCCUGAAUUUCAAAUUCCGAAACCAAUUGGUGGAGGCAGUAGUGUUAGAAACAUUGAGGCUUUUCAAGUUCUGCAAACCGUGUUCCUUAAGACAACAGACAAGCUCCUCUGUCUAAAUAUCCUGGAUUGCAUCAAGAACAUCUAUCACUCAGAUGAUGCAAAUUUUUUCAUUCUGAAACCACAGAAUGCAUUGUCAUUAUUUGUUGAAAAUGCUCCAGAGAAGGACAUUGAAGUACAAGAAAGAAUUUUCCAAUUACUGGAACUGGUGAUUUGUGGUCUCAACUGGGUACCAUGCCCAGAACUUAUCUCUGUCAGCAUUCUUUACAAGAACAAGAAGGUCUCAGGCUGUCAUCAAGUUGCUCUUAGUUUUCUUAUUCGUAUUCUGUGCUUUGAUCCCAAGUAUAAAGAUGUGUUCAGAUAUGUAGGAAUUCUAGAAGUGUUAACAAACUGUCUUAAGCAGUAUGCUGAUGCGUUGAAGGAAAAAUAUGGCGAAACAGUCAAGACAGCCAUCAGUCAGCUGGAUGUGAAUGGUUACGAUGAUUCUGAAAAUGUUCCUGAUUAUCCAUUCCUGCUGAUGGGAUGCCUAAGAUUGCUCUUGGCUGAUAACCCUGAAAAUGCCACAAUGUUCAGGGAGUGUGGAGGAGCUCGCUGCAUCCACAACAUUGUGCCAUACUCAAGCUCAAGGACAGAGUCUUUGAAGAUUAUCAGAGAGUUGAUUCUAAGUGAUGGAAAUGAUGAUCUUAGUACUCUCCUUGGCUUGAUGCACUCAACUCAGCUGUCUGAGGUGAAGCUGAAAACCGAUGUGUUAGAUGCAUUGCUGAAAGUGUUCGACCUUGAUCCCAGAACAAGAGCUGUGUUUCGUGAAGUUGGAGGAUUUGAGGAUGUCAUGUCUGUCUUGAUUAACAUGGAAGGAAGUCUGGCUGACCCUGUAAAUCCUGCAUGGACUGAUGUUAACCGCGAACAGAUUCUUGUUCUCUUGCGAACGGUGUUCCAUGUUUUGACAGCUGCCAUUCAAGAUGACCCAGCCAACAAGAACUUCAUGGAUAGGAUCAAAUUACGAGGGCUUUCAGACACCAUACGCUUGCUGGGUUGCUUUUCAAUGGAUAUCUUUGAUAUUCCACCAUAUUGUGUGGAUGGAGAACAAAAGAAAUGGACACUUUGUGAGAGACGAUUUUCACAAUCACUCCAACACCUACCGCUGACCCCACGAGCGAGUGCGGACUCAGUUCGAUCAUCAGUGACAUUAGUUUUUGAAGGCACUUUGGAUCUUGAUCCAGUUUCGGUGCUGUAUGCAGCCAAUGAGAUGUUCAAGAACCUUUUUGACAUGGCUAAAGAUUCGUUUCGUUUAAAGAGUGGUGGGAUCUUAUCAGUGGAUUCAUCCGGAACACAAACGGGGAGAAAUGGUAUUGGUGUUCCAUAUAUUUAUCAUGGUGGUGCAGUAACAGCCGCUGUUGAUCUUCUUCCAGCUGUUUCCGAAAUGAAUGGAACUGCCACAUCAGAGGAAUGCUUAGAGCUACAGUUGUACUGGAUUUGUCAUCUGCAGAGUCUUUUGAAGUGCGAACACAACGUGCAAGUGAUGUGUGAAGCAGGGCUGCCACAGCAGAUCCUUGACAGAUGUGAAUCUGCUUUGGUCACAGAAGAACAUCCAUUAUAUGCACCGCUACAAAAAAUACUUGAAAGACUGGCCUCCCAGCCAUUGACACCAACAGUGUUGAGUGAUGAUGACGAUGAUAAAUCAGAGAGCGAAGAUACCCCGCCACAACCUCCACCGAGAGGAUUUAAAGGAAAUUCUGCGUGGCGCUCUUUGGAAAAUUUUCUCGAUCUAGAUACGAGCCUCCCCUAUGGUCAGCAGUAUCGUGUUGCUAUGGAAACCAGUGAUCAGCCCACAGACAUACCAACAGCGGAGGUUGACGGAGUAGAUAUUGACACGACUGGGACUGGGGGCAUGGGUGACAAUUUCCAGGAGCAACAUCAAAUUCCAGGAGAUUUUCAGGAGAGCGAUCAGUUUUCAGAUGCUAAAGAUUACUCUCAGUCCAUGCUAAGAAAACCGAACCAACGAAAUAGAAGAGGAAAAGAUUCUCAUGAAAAUCUCAAAUCGGCCCCCAGUCCUGCUGAUCAGUCUCAAUUUGAAAGGAAUAAAAUACUCAUUCGAGGGCUGAGUGAGGAAACCUCUCGGGACAGACUGGUGAAUUUUAUCAAGGCAAGGAGUGGUGGGGAAGAGGUUAAGGACGUACAGCUGCUGAAGAAUGGAAAAGCCUUGGUCACCAUGGCUGAUGCAAUCAAAGAUUUCACAGAAAUAAAGACCAAAUGCGAGGAGAGAGGUCUGGAUGAUGCAAAGGUUUCCAUCGAACAAGUCCCGGUUUGCAGAAGCAUCCUUGUCACUGGCUUUUCAGACAUUACCCAUGAUUUUAUUGAACUGUACUUUAAGAGUCGUCGAAACGGUGGGGGUCCUGUGGAGAAGGUUGACUAUGUUCCUAAAAGUGGUCGAGCUGUGGUUAUGUUUCAAGACGCAAAAGAUAUGGAAAGGGUGUUAACCAGAAAUGCAGAGAAACCUUAUGAGUUUGACAAAACCCAACUGUCAAUUAAAGCUUACCUAGAGUUUCGAGAAGACGAAGAAGUUGACGGAGCAGAGGAUUCCGGUGACUUAGGAGCAACUGCGACCGGGGCCAGUGAAUCUCGAGUGAGCCAGAAACCUGAUGCCAAAGCUCAACAGCUGCAGAUAGCUGUAGAUCCCGACGUUAUGGAAUACGUCACAUCCAAAGGAUUCCAAGUUGAACUGAGCAAUUCGCUGGCUGGAAAGAAGAGCGAAAUCACCUGGAAACCCAACAACAAAAUGGCUGUAAUAGUGUACCGUGGGGAAGAUGACAGUGAUUCCUGGCAAUCUGAAUGCAUUGACCAAGUACAAAAUUACCUCGGCAAGUUUGCAAAGUGCGAUGUGCAGGUCAACAAGGAUUUCUGGGAAGCCGUGGUAGCAAACGUUCCUAGCAUUGGCACCUGCUUGGGAGUUGAUCCCCCACUGGUUAAGACUAUUCCUGAUUCAAAUGUUGUUAGGAUCGUUUCAUUAAGAACAGAUGUGAAAAGUAACAAGGAAAAAGUGAAGUCAAAGUUGGAAGAAAUCUACCGCGAGGAGACCAGAAAAACUUAUCUGAAGAAGAAAAUUCCAAAUGUUCCCAAGAAGCACUUAAUUUUGCUGAAGAAGAUAAAAUUUGCCGAGAAACUCCAAGAAAAGCACAAGGAGUUGGAGAUCAAGUUUGAUACUGAAGGUGAACAAAUAUAUUUCGAAGGUCCCAAGCCAGAGGUUACCUUGGCAACCAUAAGGUUUUUCAACCAAAUGACUCGCAUGGUUGAGAAGAAAUUGAAUUUAUCCGUCAGCAUCCUGGAGAUUUUAAACUCAGAUGAAGGGCUUCAGACUUUCAAAUGUGAGUUGGAAAGAAACAACUUGGAAGUAGUGUUCUUUAUAGAGAAAGACGCCACCAUAGUGGGAUCAUCGGCAGCGCAUGCAGACAACGCGGCGAGGCUUGUGAACAAGUUGAUGGUGGAAGAGAAAGUUCAAGUGGACGAGAAAAGCAAGCAUUUGUUGAAGUCAUCUGAAUGGCUGAGGUUGUGUGGCGAGAUGAACCAAAAAACUGUCCGUGUCCGGAGGAACAACUGGAAAGAUACAUACGUAACUGGGUUCCGUGAUGACGUGACCAAAGUGAUAAAGAAGUUAAAUACCUUUCUUAAAAACAAUCGCAUAGAGGAGGAACGUUUUCUGUGCACGUCUGAUAUUAUGCGAAGAUAUUUUCUUGAGCUACGUCAAGAGGAUCUACGCACCAUAGAAAAUCAACUAAAAGAUUUUGUAGUGAGUAUUAAAAAGGGAAAAGACAAUGAUGAUUUUGUCAUUUCUGGAAACAUAGAGGGUUUGAAACGUGCAGGAAAAAAGCUCGACGCUCUGAUGGAUUCCACUGAGUUGAAAACCUUUGAAGUGAAACAACCAGGCCUUCGAAAAUACUUUGACAGUGGAAAAGGAGAUCGGCUGGUGAAAUUGGUGGAAAAAGAUCAAGAUUGUGCCAUAAAAGUCCAGGAAAAUUUAGGUCGAGGAGGAAGGGACGAGGAAUUGCGCGUCGAAUCCGUUUUUGACGCCUCUACUUCUUCAGGCGAUAGUGACGAUGAUGUGGAGGAUGACCACGCUACCACUGCUGGAACUGACUCGUCUACCCUGGUAAUAGCCCAAAGUCACAGAGUGUCGUGGAAACCUGGAAACAUAGAGGCAGAGAAGGCUGACGUACUUGUCAGUUCUCAAGGAGCAUGCGAUAAAGCAAUCAUUAAUGCCGGUGGUCCUAAGGCCGCAACCCCCAAAGUUGGUGAAAUCACUGUCUCAGGUGGUUUUUCCUCGGUCAGUCACGUGAUUCACACUAACUGUUGUAAGUGGAACAACGGUGGAGGGGAACCGACGCUAAGGGUCAUCGUUCAAAAGUGUCUGCAAACAGGCGUAACGCUUGGAGCAAACUCCAUUGCAUUUCCUGUCAUAGGGACUGGAAACCUACACUUCCCACGCGAUACAGCCUCGAGAAUAAUGUUGGAAGAAACAGUCAAUUUCUGCCGAGCCAACCCUGGUUCUAAUUUACGGGACAUUCGAUUUGUCGUGUUUAACCAAGAUCAAGCAUUAACUGCUGCCUUCAAACAAGAGAUGGAAAAACUGCAACCCAAGCACACUGACCACUCUACCAUCACGAAUUUUACUAGUGGAAUACGUUCCUUCUUUAAAAGGAAGAAAACGAUGGGGACAUCGGCUGUUAGCAUUGAAGUCUUGAAGGGUGACUUGUAUCAGGAAACUACGGAUGCCAUUGUGAAUAUAACAAGUAAGGACCUGAAUAUGGACAGUGCUGGAAAGUUGAGCCAGAAAGUGAAACAGCUAGCCGGGCCACUGGUAGAGACCGAGUUGAAUCAGUUCGGAAAGCAAUCGGGUGGAACCGCAUUGAUCACCAGCGGUGGAAAUCUCCCUGCGCCGAAAAUUAUUCACUUAAUUCCAGACACCAACGAUAGAGACCACCUCCAGCAGUGUGUAGAAAGAUGUCUUCGGCUGGCAGAGACGCAUGGUCUUCGAUCCAUUUCGAUUCCCGCAAUUGGUACUGAUGCAUUCCAUGUCUCUGCAAUGGACUCGGCCAGUCUGAUAUUUAAGGCCCUGACAAACCUUAGUGGAAGCUUCCGUAGUGUCCGUAAGGUCAGGAUUGUAAUCUUCGAGUCUCCAAUGUUGUCGGCAUUUCAUCAAGAACAUCAGAGGCACUCGUUUUCUCCACAAGUAGGUGUGGCUGAGCGCAUAACCUUCGCUAGCCCUUUCAGUAUCGAGGUGAUAAAUGGUGAUUUGACUCAAGAGAACAGCACUGACGCUAUCAUGAAUAUCAUCAGCACGGACGUGAACAUGAACAACACCGGAGACCUAAGCAAAGCCAUAGCAAGACAGAGUGGUCCACUAGUGCAACAAGAAUGCAACCAAUUGGGAAAGCAGCCUCCUGGGACAGCGAUAAUGACCAGCGGAGGUAAUUUACAAGUACCCUAUAUUAUUCACAUAAUUCCAGGCUCCUCAGAUAAGCAACAUCUCCAGCAAUGUUUGGAGGAGGGUCUUCGCGUUGCGGACGCCAAUAACUUUCAAGCAAUCUCAAUUCCGUGUGUUGGCACAGGACGAUACGGCUUGAAAGGAGCGGAAUCAGCCCGACUAACGUUCAAAGCACUAAACGCAUUCAGUGCCCGCUGUAAAAAUAUUCAAAAAGUAAGAGUGGUUGUGUUCCAGGCUUCUAUGAUGCAGGAGUUUCUGCAAGAGCAGAAGAAACAACCAGUGCAAGCUAUUGAAGAAGACAGUGACUCAGAGAAUGCAGCGGCUAGGCAAACCAGAAGACGCGGACGUAGGCAGGCACCAAGCCAAAGUGAUGAACAUUCUGUAACAAUUUCUGUGAUCGGCAAAGACAAGGUGAGUGUGGGAAAAGCCGUAGAAUCCUUGAAGAAAGGUUUCUCUGACGCUUGUACGAUGGAAAAAGUCGAAAGUGAAAUCGUCAGUCAGCUUUCUGAUAAGCAGAAAGAUACCCUGAGAAAAAAAGCUAAAGACCGUGACGUCAAACUUGUAAUUGAGGAUGACGUAGAUCGCAUUGUCGUUCAUGGUGGACCAGCCGAAGUAGCUGGAAUAGUCGGAGAGAUCUGGAAAGAGAUCAACGAAAUGAUGAAGAAGAAGCAGGAGGAAGAACAAGCAAAGUUGGUUUCAAAGAACAUAGAGUGGAGCUAUGAAAUACGAGGCACAACAAUGGUGUUUGCUCCGAAAGCAAAUGGAAAGAUUGAGUUAGCCCAUAGCAAAGACGAGCACACAGUGCAAGUUUCUCUACGCGGAGACAAGUUUGUCAUCGACUUGAAGAGAAACUCUGGACGUGGACAAACGUCUGGUGAACAAAUAACUCUGAAAAGAAAGGUGAAGGGUGCUGAUGAAGGAAUUGCUCUGCCAAAGCACUGGACACCAAUGCCCAGCCAUGACUCCACUGUACAUAAAGUACCAUUGCACCCAAGCUCCCCUGAGUAUCAAGAUGUGGUACGUAAGUUUCAAGCCACAGCCGGAGCGUUAAAUAUUCAGAGGAUUGAACGCGUACAGAAUCCUCAUCUGUAUCAGUCUUACAUGGUACGAAAACAGAAAAUGGAUAAAGAUACUGGAGGAAAUAGUGAAAGAGAGCUGUUUCAUGGGACUGAUGCUAAAAAUAUCAACCAUAUUAACACACAAGGAUUCAACAGAAGCUUUUGUGGGGCUCAUGGCACGGCUUAUGGACGUGGUGUUUAUUUUGCUAGAGACGCUCAAUACUCUGUUGGAUACGCUGGGGUUGGUGGUUAUGGAGGGCGCCACAUGUAUCUUGCCAAGGUUCUCGUGGGGCAGUAUUGUGUUGGAAAUCCUUCAAUGAUUGUGCCUCCACCAAAAAACCCAUCAAAACCUGAAAUUCUUUACGAUUCUGUGGUAAAUAACCAAUCAAGCCCCAGCAUCUUUGUUGUUUUCUUUGAUAAUCAGUGUUACCCUGAAUACCUUAUAACCUUUUGAAGACCACAUGGACCUUUUACUUAGAAAACAGCAGAGUUAAAGGCCGAAAAAGCUUGAAAUGCUUCAUAGUUCAACUUAGUUUAUCAGCUAUAUGAAUUGCAGAAAAUCGUUCUCCUUCACAGUGUAGGGAACAUCAUAUAGAUGUUGGUUAUAGUUUCUCAAUAGCAUUCUUUACAGUCUCAACUCAAAGCUUAUUCUUUAUCCUAUAAAUUGAAUGAUUAUAUCCUUGGAGCUAGAGGGUCCUUGUAAUGCCAAACAGUAAAAUCCAGCUGAACGCUUUUUUAUCUCAACAGUGGAGUUACCACUAGCCUACAGGCUACAGUUGUCAUUUUUUCACGUUUCUCGGGCGAGCGUAGGGAAACACGAGACAUGCGCGGGGACCACGACAUAGUCGUGUUCCUCGCCCCACGCGUUCACCUCGUGCUUGCCCCGUUUUCUCUCUUGGAAAAGAAAAGAGUUCUGCUGUUCUCAAAACGGUAUUUUCCUUUUUAUCGCCAGACUGACAAACAAUAUUUUGUUACAUCAAUUUUCUACCAAAAAUAAAACUGGCGAAAGUAGAGAAUUUCGAAAAAUAUGCGUACCUUUUUGAGAAAUGACAGUGAGGUCGCUAAGAUGACAUUUGAUUUAUGAUGUAAAAGAUUUACUGAAAAGAAACUUAGAGAAGCAUUUAUUAUUAGUUGGCAGCCAAAAGCUCGGUCAGAAAGUGUGGCAUAGUAUUACCCACGGGUUUCACGAAUAGGUUUAUUUACUGAAAUAAAAUAGAGAAGGAAAAAUUAA